AUGACAGAAACUCAGCAGGAAUUAAGACAAAGACAAGCUCAAUUCGCCAAGGAGCUUUACGGUGAUGACAUUGGUGCCAAGUCUGGUCUCUCAGCAUUACUCUCCAAGAACAACUCUGCACAACAAGAAGCCGUGGCCAAGUACUUGCGCCAUUGGGACGGUAAAACAGACGAAGAGGCCGAGCAACGUCGUUUGGAUGAUUACAACGAGGCCACACACUCGUACUACAACGUGGUGACCGAUUUUUACGAAUACGGCUGGGGUUCCUCUUUCCACUUUAGUAGAUUCUACCCAGGUGAAAGUUUCUCGGCCAGUGUCGCUCGUCACGAACACUAUUUGGCGUACAAGGCUGGUAUCAAGGAAGGAGACUUGGUAUUGGAUGUGGGGUGUGGUAUCGGUGGUCCAGCUCGUGAGAUUUGCACAUUUACCGGUGCCAAUAUCAUUGGUCUAAACAACAACGACUACCAACUCGCCAAGGCCAAGUACUACGCUCGCAAGGCCAACUUAGAUAAGAAGCUGGAUUUCGUUAAGGGUGAUUUCAUGAAGAUGGAAUUCGAGCCAAACACCUUCGACAAGGUGUACGCUAUCGAGGCCACCUGCCACGCCCCAAAGUUGGAAGGAGUGUAUGGCGAGAUCUACAAGGUUCUAAAGCCAGGUGGUGUCUUUGCUGUUUACGAGUGGGUCAUGACUGAUAACUACGAUGAAACGAACCCCGAACACCGUAAGAUCGCUUACGAAAUUGAGCUCGGUGACGGUAUCCCAAAAAUGUUCCCAGCUGACGUCGCUCGUGAGGCGCUACGCAACGUUGGUUUCGAAGUCCUCGAGGAAAAGGACUUGGCUGACAACGAAGACAAAGUGCCAUGGUACUACCCUCUAAGUGGUGAGUGGAAAUACGUGCAAACCAUAGGAGACUUGGCCACUUUCUUCCGUACUUCUUAUCUUGGCCGUAAGGUUACAACCACUAUGGUCACAGUCAUGGAGAAGAUUGGUAUCGCUCCAAAGGGUUCUCGCGAUGUCACUUUGGCCCUAGAAGAGGCUGCUGUCGGUCUGGUUGCAGGUGGUAAGAGCAAGCUAUUUACCCCAAUGAUGCUAUUCGUCGCCAGAAAGCCAGAGGAGAACUAA